CAGUGUGAUGAGGGUGUGUAUACGGGUUUGAAGUAACCGGUAUUGGGAAAAGCGGAGGGGAUGGCGGCGGCCGGUGCUGCCGCUCCUCCGGUGAUCCCUGCUGUUCCUCCACCUCCGCCACCACCGGGCUCAGGGAGGUUGCCGAGCCGUGUGUUAGAGCUGGUGUUCUCCUAUCUGGGGCUGUCAGACCUCCGCAACUGCGGCCUGGUGUGUAAGCACUGGCAUCGAACCAUCCACGGCGAUGAGAACAGCGACGUGUGGAGGAGCCUGUGCUGCCGGACGGUCAGUGAGGAAGCCUUGCGUACCGACAUCCUGUGCAACCUGCCCAGCUAUAAGGCUAAGGUGUGUGCCUUCCAGCACGGGUUCAGCUCCAGUGACUGCUCCCGCAAUGUCUACAUCAAGAAGAAUGGCUUCACUCUUCACCGGAAUCCCAUAGCUCAAAGCACGGAUGGCGCUCGCACCAAAGUCGGCUUUAGCGAAGGGCGGCACGCCUGGGAGGUGUGGUGGGAAGGCCCGCUGGGCACGGUCGCCGUGAUUGGCAUUGCAACCAAGCGAGCCCCGAUGCAGUGCCAGGGUUACGUGGCGCUUUUGGGAAGCGAUGACCAGAGCUGGGGAUGGAAUCUCGUAGAUAAUAACCUGCUGCAUAACGGGGAGGUCAAUGGGAGCUUUCCCCAGUGCAACAAUGCGCCCAAAUACCAGAUUGGUGAAAGGAUUAGAGUCAUCCUAGAUAUGGAAGACAAGACAUUGGCCUUCGAGCGUGGAUAUGAGUUCUUGGGGGUGGCUUUCAGGGGAUUGCCGAAAACAUGUUUAUAUCCAGCAGUGUCGGCUGUAUAUGGCAACACAGAAGUGACCUUGGUCUACCUAGGGAAACCGUUGGAUGGAUGAUUGUCUUCAGGAGACAGCUGUGGAUGAGCCGGAGACAGUGCGCUGUGCAUGUGAUGAAGUGGAAAGCAUGACCCAUACUGUGGGCAUCCACAGGACAGAAGUACCGCGGUAAUCAGGGGAUAGUUCUUCCUUGCAUGGAAGAUCCUCCAGCCCUUCCCCUGCAGGAUCAAUAAUGAUAUCCAAGUGGGUCAUUACAGUGUGAAUGGAGAUUAAGGGUCAUUUCUUUUUCCCAGUGUUGUCUGUUUUGUGUAAGAUUGGUGGUUGUGGGAAGGGACAAGUAUUAAACGGCUGGGGGCCUUGGAUAGUGGGGUUGAGAAAAGCAGUUUGUUUGCCUUUCUUGGCCACCCAUCUCCAGAGAUCUGGUCAGACAUGUUCUGUUUUAAGCCUCUUUUAUUUGAAACGUGUACGGCCAUAACGCAUUUGGCCUUCGGUUGGUGUUAAGGUCGCAAAGUUUAUUUUAAGUAGAGGGAUUCCGGAUUAUUUUUUUUAUUAUCCCAGAAGGGUUGUUUUAGGAGUUGAUUGGGAUUAGUUUUUAUUUUUUGCACACGUAGGACAAAAAUCAAUUUCCUCUUAGUUUGGGGAGAGAGAGAGACAAACAUUUGAAACUGAUGCGCAAUGAUUGCUGAUUGGAUAGCUCUGCCGGUCCUUACGGAGGCCGCGUGUCUGCAUCAGCUGCCUCGUGCACGUCUCUCAUAAGACUUUUCUUUCCCCCACAGAACAAAUUUCUCAGCUGGGUGUAAAAGGUAUUUUAAUGCGAUGGUUUUAAUCAGGAAAUUUUUUGUUUUUGGUAUUAUUUCUGAGAACUCGGUAGAAAGCAGAGUUUGGAGGGGUGGCUCUUGAUAUUUUUAUUUAAAGACUUUUUAAGUAUAUAUUUUUUAAAAAGGCAUAUAGGUUCUGUUUCAAACGUGUUGCUUCAAUGUAUUUUUAUUCUGCUCUAAACCCAUGUGUCUGUAUACUUCAAAAUAAUAACUCUGGUCUGGUCUGUGCAAUGAACUUCAGAUGAUGGGUGAAAUGAUGAUAUAUUUCAAUAUUAGGAAAACUGUAUUGGAAACAUUGAUUCUUGUAGUUUGGACCCCGACAGGCGCGCCAAACACAACAUUGUAGAAAAUACCUGGACUUCUGCGAUAGCUGCAUAACUUGGAAGUAACAUUCUCUCGG